GAGAAGAGGGAAGGAGGGCGGCGGGGGCAGCGGUCUUGCUGUCGCCGGAGGCGGCGGCCGGCCGGCGGAGCGCGAGGAGAUGACGAUCGCCGGCGGGGAUCUGUCGGUCCGCCGGCGGACGGUGUCGGCAUCGUCUUCCGCGGCUGCCAGGGGCCCCGUCGACGGCGUCCCACGCCGAGCCCGAGCGUGGCUCGCUGUGGCGCUGUGCCUCUUCGCACUGCUGCGGCUCGGGGCGGCGGCGGAGUCGGGCGUCGUCAAGGUGGACGGCCCCGUCGCCAUCGCGUCCACCGGCGACUUCUUCGUCUGCGCCACGCUCGACUGGUGGCCGCCGGACAAGUGCGACUACGGCACGUGCAGCUGGGGCAGCGCCUCCCUACUCAACCUGGACCUCUCCAACGGAAUCCUGCUCAACGCCGUCAGAGCCUUCUCGCCGCUGGUGCUCCGGCUGGGCGGCACGCUGCAGGACAAGGUGAUCUACCACACCCCGGGCGACGGGCGGCUGCCGUGCGUGCCCUUCACCAAGAGCGAGUCGGCGGUGUUCGGCUUCACUCGCGGGUGCCUGACCAUGGCCCGCUGGGACGAGCUCAACGCCUUCUUCCAGAAAUCUGGUGCAAAGGUAGUCUUCGGGCUGAACGCUCUCAACGGCCGUGAUCCGGAUGGCGGGUAUUAUAUGGGAGGGAGCUGGGACAUGACCAAUGCAGCAUCCUUCAUCCAGUACACCGUCAGCAAGGGCUACGACAUCCAUGGCUGGGAGCUCGGAAAUGAGCUCGGAGGCAAGGCAGUCGGCACCUUGAUCGCAGCCGAUAUGUACGCCCAAGACGCUACCUUUCUGAAAUGGGUCAUGGAAUAUAUUUACGAGGACAGCCCAUCGAAGCCGCUGCUGCUCGCUCCGGGAAGCUUCUUCGACGAAGACUGGUUCGGCGAGUUCAUCACCAAAACCAGUCCAGAUACCGUCAGUGUGGUUAGCCACCACAUUUACAACCUAGGGCCAGGGGUGGACACACACAUCGUCGAGAAGAUCCUCGACCCGUCGUUCCUCGAUGGAACGGCAAGAACAUUCAGUGACCUCCAGAGGUUGCUGAAAACCGCAGGGACGUCGGCCGCCGCGUGGGUUGGCGAGGCUGGAGGGGCUUACAACAGUGGCCACCACCUUGUGACCGACGCAUUUGUGUUCAGCUUCUGGUACCUGGACCAACUUGGCAUGUCGGCGAAGUACGACACGAAGACUUACUGCAGGCAGAGCUUCAUUGGUGGCAACUAUGGCCUGCUCAAUACAACAACAUUCCAACCAAACCCUGACUACUACAGUGCUCUACUAUGGCAUCGCCUGAUGGGUAGCACAGUUCUAGACGCCAAAUUCAGCGGCACCAACAACCUGAUCCGUGCCUACGCACAUUGUGCGAAGAACUCGCCAGGGAUCACUAUCUUGCUUAUAAACCUCCACAGCAACGCCAGGAAUGACGUGUCCUUGACAAGUGAGGAGCUGCGUGUAGUUCAGGCGUCUGGAGCCACGAGGGAGGAGUACCACCUCCUCCCUGAAGGUGGCGACAUUCAGAGCCAGGUGAUGAUGCUCAACGGCAGGCCCUUGACCACUGAUGCCGAUGGGAACAUCCCCAGGAUGGAGCCCAUGACAGUGGAUGCAGCGCAGCCCAUCUCUAUUGCGCCUCUGUCCAUUGUUUUUGUUCAUAUGCCCAGUUAUUAUGCCCCUGUGUGUAGUUAAGUGCGUAUGACAUGGAGCCACAUUGUGUAAAUUAGUGAACUGAAGUAAUUGUAUGUCUUACCAUGUCAUAAUGAAUUCAGUUCGACUUAGCUAGGAAGUAUAUGGUGGAGCUGGAUAUUGUACUCGUCUUAAUUGUAGAGUAUAUAUGGUGACUUUUAGCUGUUGAUUGGUUGUGUGGUUCGUCUGAGGCUGGAACCAAACUGUAUUUUAGCUGCUUCGAAGGACCACUCAUGCUGCCAAUAGACAGAUCCACUCAUUUUCAUC